AGAGCAGUUAUUUGACUAUCAUUGCAGUAUGGAAAAUGAGCACACAGGGACACUUUUAAAAAGUUAUUCAGAUGAGUUUCUCAAGCGGAGCUGUGUUUUAUAUAAGCCGAAUGGACCCCCGGGCUGUUUUGUUGGUGUUUUUCUGCUUUCCGUUUGUGAAUGUGCUCUCUGAAGUGCAGAAAGAUUUUUCGGAAGAAUGCCGUAAAUUCAUGUAUAUGGGCACCCCGCCGCGGGGUCUGGAGAGCCGCUACCUUAAAAAGAUCUGUCAGCGUUAUAACGGCAAGCCCCGGUAUGUCACUCUGUAUGAUGUGGUGGAUCACAUCCCGGUUUAUUCCGCCUACACCUUCAAACGCUCCGACGGCUCCAAGAAGGUCGAUGUUCCCUGGAUGUUCGAGCCUCAGCUCUCCACAACAUCAGACUCUGGUGAAAUGCAGGCUUUCCCUCCAAAUGUUCACGGCAGUUUUUCAGACACCCAGGCUGUUUUGGAGGACUACUCAAAUAUUGUUGAAUUUGAACGAGGUCAUCUAAACCCCGACGAGCACCAGGCUCACCCCGAUGACAAGGCGGCCACCUACACCCUCACCAAUGUAGUCCCACAGGUUCGCGAGUUCAACAUCGGCCACUGGAAACGACACGAGCACAUCAUCCGCCGGCGACUCAACAACUACUGCCGCGGUACAGCCUACAUAGUCACAGGGGUCACCACGUCUGGUAGGAUGAUCCGUAGGUACAACAUCAAUCGAGUGGCCGUUCCUACUUACCUGUGGUCAGCGUACUGCUGCGUCGACUAUGAUCAUAAUGCCCCAUUUGAUGAACGAUCAAAAUUCCCAGCCUACGCAUCCCAUGGCCUCAACGAGAAAGAAGCACCGGAAGUCAUAGAGAUGUCCGUGCAGCAGCUGGAAGAUUUCUUGAAGAAGAACACCUUUGUGGACAAGAAGUUUCAGCUUUUUUAUGAGAACUGUGACCCUAAGGAAUAGUGAUAGGCCACACCAAAGCUCAAAGUUUACUUAGCAUUUUGAUGUACAUGUUAGACCAGCCUGAUCUCACGAGGAAACGUAACUAUUUUACGCUUUGCUAGUUUAGUGGCUAAUUCGUACAAAUUCGUACAAGUUCAGUCAUACGAAAAUGUACGAUUAUAAAAAGGAAGGAUGGCAACCAACCCCGCCCCUAACCCCAACCGUCAUUGGGGGAUGAGCAAACCGUACUAAAUUGUACAAAUGAGAUCGUACAAAUCCAUACGAAUUAGCCACUAAAUCAAAUAGCUACGAAUUGCUGUGAGAUUGUGUUUGUUAGACACACGUACACUAGAAUGAUUAAUACUUGUUCAAUGUCUGCACUUUUUUCUUUCCGAAAGUUAUGAGCAACAGAAAAGUCUUUGUAUUUUGCAGAUAUCUUGUAAUUGUAAACAUUGGCAUUCUUUUGUCAUCUUCAGUAGUAUGUUGCAGUUCUUUUUAAUUCCCUGUUUAUUCAUAACUGCUUAACAACAGCCUGGUUCAGUUUAGACAGCUUGUGGACAAAUUAAGUAUUGUAAAAACAAUUCAAAGUGCUUAUGUGAGCUGUGCGAUCAUGAAAGUAAUCAUCUAGUCUGCGCAUGUUGUGUACAUGUAAAAACUUUAGUAUACAUUGGGCUUUAGGUAUGUUUAGCUGAUUCCGGUUGAUUUUAAAUGUGUGUUCUGUACACUAAAUACUUUUGCCGUUCACUUUUAAAUAAAAACUUCCAAUCAGAACCAAAUAGGAAUUAGAAUUUAGUUACAGAAAAAGGCCGUCUGUGCAGUUACUGUUUAAAAGUUUGGGGUUAGCAAUAUUUUUUUAGUCUAUUAUUUUCA